CCUGAGCAUAAACAAGAGUGGGGCCGGGAUGAGGCGACGGUUGAGUCUGGGACAGCUAGCGGCGGCGAGUGGGACCCGGCACUGACCCUGAGUGCAGCUCGAGCCGUCCCCCGAGGGCGCGCGCCUCUCUGGCCGACCCGCCGCGCGCGCAGCCAUGAACCUCGCGAGUCAGAGUGGCGAGGCUGGCGCUAGCCAGCUGCUGUUCGCCAACUUCAACCAGGAUAACACGUCCCUAGCUGUUGGUAGUAAGUCCGGUUAUAAAUUUUUCUCCCUUUCUUCUGUGGAUAAGCUGGAACAGAUCUAUGAAUGCACUGACACUGAAGAUGUGUGCAUUGUAGAAAGAUUGUUCUCCAGCAGCUUAGUGGCCAUCGUUAGCCUCAAAGCUCCCAGGAAGCUGAAGGUUUGCCACUUUAAGAAGGGGACUGAGAUCUGUAAUUAUAGCUACUCCAACACGAUUCUGGCCGUGAAACUGAACAGGCAGAGGCUCAUUGUGUGCCUGGAGGAGUCUCUCUACAUACACAACAUUCGGGACAUGAAGGUACUGCACACCAUCAGGGAGACCCCCCCAAACCCUGCAGGCUUGUGUGCCCUCUCAAUAAACAAUGACAACUGCUACUUGGCGUACCCAGGGAGUGCCACCAUCGGAGAGGUGCAGGUCUUCGACACCAUUAACUUGAGAGCUGCAAACAUGAUCCCAGCCCACGAUAGUCCUUUAGCGGCGCUGGCUUUUGAUGCAAGUGGAACCAAACUUGCCACUGCUUCUGAGAAGGGGACCGUGAUUAGGGUAUUUUCCAUUCCUGAAGGACAAAAACUUUUUGAGUUCCGGAGAGGAGUAAAGAGGUGUGUGAGCAUUUGCUCGCUGGCCUUCAGCAUGGACGGCAUGUUCCUCUCUGCGUCUAGCAACACAGAGACCGUGCACAUCUUCAAGCUGGAGACUGUAAAGGAAAAACCCCCCGAGGAGCCCACCACCUGGACUGGCUACUUCGGGAAAGUGCUCAUGGCGUCCACCAGCUACCUUCCCUCCCAAGUGACCGAGAUGUUCAACCAGGGCAGAGCCUUUGCCACUGUCCGCCUGCCCUUCUGUGGCCACAAGAACAUCUGCUCCCUAGCCACAAUUCAGAAGAUUCCCCGGUUACUGGUGGGUGCUUCUGACGGCUACUUGUACAUGUACAACCUGGACCCCCAGGAGGGCGGCGAGUGCGCCCUGAUGCGACAGCACAGGCUGGAUGGCAGUAUGGAGACGACCAGUGAAAUCGUAGACUCUGCCUCACACGACUGCCCUUUAGUAACACAAACCUAUGGCACAGCAAAAGGUGCUUAUGCACCCUCUUCCCCCACGAGGCUUGGUAAGGGGCAGGACACGAACCUGGAAGCCUACACAGACGACCUGGGUGCCGUAGGUGGCGUAUGCCUGGAGGAUGAGACCAGUGCCCUGCGCCUGGACGAAGACAGCGAGCAUCCUCCAAUGAUCCUGCGGACUGAUUGAGCUUAACCUUGAGCCUGACCCUGAGCGCAGAGAACAGGCUUGAUGGAGGACUUUGUGCAUUGCUGCUAUGAACUUUGACCUGGACUGGGGGAAAGGAUGGCAGAGACUUAAAAAGUCAUAGUGAUAGUCUAAUUCCAUACUUUUGAGAAAAUACACUGUUUUCACUGCAGUGACUUUUAAUCCUGCUUAUGAAUUUCAGCUCUUUGUUUUUUUUUUUUUUUUUUUUUUUUUUUUGCCAAAGUUAAGUGUCCAGUGAAGCCCAAAGUCUCCUUGCUUUGCAUGCGUGAUGUGCCAAGCCGGUGCCCAGAAGCUGACUGUCUGCACAGUGGAGCUCGGUCCUCUGGCUUCCAUGUCUGUAGCAAUGGCGCAGGAGGCGUGCAGUGCUCUGGUUUGGUUGUCAAAGCUGUUUCUGCUGGGUGCUGGUACACAUCGGCCUUGGGCAAGAGUCCUCUUGCCCUGCAGCCCCAUCUGGACCAUUCUCCCCUACACACACUUUAUUUUGUUAAUUAAAUUCUUUCCAAAUUGGAUUAUUCUGGGAUUCUUCCAUGGCGGACUUCCAUUUCUGAUCUUAUUCUCCAAGUGGAUGUUGGGAGAGAGAUGCUAAAACCCUUGCUCCCUGAUAGGGGACUUGACUGAGUGCCUGGAAUACCUAGAGCCAAUAGGAGUGGUGUCCUGGGGCCUUAAAUUGCCUCUCUUCCUCCUCCUCUGCGUCCUGUCAAUUAACUGAGUUUAUGGCAGGAGAGUUUCAGCUAUCCUAAGCAAGCACAUACAUGACUGACUGCUGGGUGCUGCGGUACACACCAUAAUCCCAGCACUCAGGAGCCAAGGCAGGGGAUUGCCACAAAGGCCAGCCUGGACUACGUAGUGAGACCUGUCUCAAAAAACCAAAAAAAAAAAAAAAAAAAAAAGUGAGAAAUGGAGGCAUGAGUGACGUGGUGGCUGUUGGCACCUUGUAUCAGGUGAUAUGGGCCUUGUCUGCUGCAGUCCUAGAGCAUCAGUUCGGCAGAGAGAGGUCUUGGUCACAGGCUGCAGUGCUUAGUUAGCUUUCCUUUUCAUUUGCCUAGAAUUAAAACAACCUUAGGCAACUCACACAUCAGUGUUUCUAGCCAAGCAUGGAAUAAUGCAAGUUUCAAGGGCUUAGGAGGUAGAGUUUGUGAAUCUGCAGGUUCCACAGCGUCACCUAGGUGGGCCCAGACUUGUCCCUUAAAGUCAAAAAGCCAGGCAAGUGGCUUGCAGGAAGAGAUGGCCAGAUGCACCCAGGACAGACUCAGGCGUGAGCUGAGGUUCUAGGGACCAAAAAUGUGUGUUUCAGAAGGGGCUGCAUUAGAAUGUGGCCCGUGUGAUGCCUGCUUGAUGGCUGUCAGGCUUGCAGGGGUUUGGGGACUUGGAUCUGCUUUGCCAGCUUCAUCUUGAGAUUUGCCACUGAGCUAUCCCCAGCUUCCCUUGAGACUGAUCAUCCCAGAGUUGUUGGAAACUCGUUUCUCUCUGAUACCUAUGCUGUCCUGAAACUUGUCAGUCCUGGCCUCCUGCAGGGAGGAGGUCCCAGUGCUGGGUGAGUGCUUUUCCUCCCAAUGUCGGGAAACCCUCUAGAAAAGAAUUUAGAGAUCAUCUGCCCUUCAAUUUCCCUUCCAGUUUCAUUGUCAGGGCCCCUUUUCUCCUGGGCCUGGAGUCUGUGUGUCACAGACAGACCUUGGGCAUGGACAGGAGGGAUCAGGGAGAGGCAAGAAAUGUGAACCAUGAGGUUGUAGGGUUCUCCACCAGACCAGAGGCCCAGGGAAAGGGACUUGAGCAGCAGUACUUACAUAGUUCAGACCACUCACCAGAGGAGUUUUUUAAUUGUAUUUUUUCAGAAAAAGACAAUAGAGCUCAGGAUUGGAUACAGAACACAGAAAUUUUUGCAUGAAUUUGGACCAAAUCUUCUGUUUCCUUGUUUUUGAGUAUGAGGCAGGAGCUCACUGUAUACUUCAGACUGGCGUUGGACGACUCUUACAACCCACGCUGGCCUUGAAUUCACAGAGGUCCUCCUGCUACAGCCUCUCAGGGGCUGGAAUUAGAGGGAUGUGCCACCAUGCUAGGCUUCUUUUGUGUUUUCUAAAGCAGUGAAACCAAGAAUUGGAUUAAACCUGGAGUCAGCCCUUCCAACAGCCAGCAUAAGCUGCAGGGCUUGUAGGCGUGGUUCUGGUCUGUGGCGGGAACACCUUCCCUCAGGCUAGUUGCCAGCUUCAGUGUGACUGCCUGGCACAGUGCCUGGCUCAUGCAGGUAUACAAUUAUACAAAUGCUGAAGCGUUUUGUGGGGUGGACACUCAUUUUCAAAAUUGAACUCCAGGCUUGGUGGGAGAGAGGUGGGAGUCUGGUUCACGCUGGAGGUUUUGUGUAGGUGUCUGACCCUGCCCUUCCUGCUCCUUCAUGCUACCCCAGGGCGCAUGUGAGUGGCUCUUGAGGGUGGUGUAGGGGACAUGAGGAGUCUCCUACACGCAGGGCUCCAGUGAGAAUGCCUGAGCUGUAGCCACCUGUGCACUGUUGACGGGCACUGACUGCCACCAUCUCACCACCUGGUGUGUCGCUCUGGGAGCUGGAAGCUUUAGACUUGUGAUGUCAGGCUGAGUUUUGCCCAGAAGGACCAGAGGAGACUCCUGUGUCCCCACAGCCCACAGAGGGAAGAGGGCCGUCAGGCAUGGGAAAUGCGUUCCUUGCUCCUUGCUACAGUAUCGAGACAGGGCUGGCAUAAACGUGUCUCUGUGUGUCCACAUCCUGUGGGGCCACCCCUCUCUGUGCAGUGACCAAAUCACUUGGUUUGAGUAUGCAUCGGCUGGAUCAGGAGCUGAGCACCCAGCUGUUCUUUCCCAGCAUGCUUUGUCUUCUUGUGGGAAAGAGACGGCGGCAUAGGGGCCUGAGUCUGCCUGGGCUUGCAGGAGUGCUUGCUCACUUGGCAGUCAUUGUCAUUGCAGCAUGCCAUGACAGUGGUGGCAAAGGCCACUUGGGUCUGGUGAGCAUCUGAGGAGCACAAACCAGCACCGAGCUGGGCCUCGAGGUGCAAGCAGCCCUUAGAGCACGGAUAUCGGGCCGGAAACAGCUCUGAGUUGGAAAAGCAAACCCUUUUCAGAGCUGAGAACCCAAGGGGACUGUUGUGAUUCUUCAUGCCUCUAAUUUUCCUUCUUAUAAAAAAAUAAAGACCCAAAACUGAAAA